ACGUAGCUCCCGCACCGGCGCUGCUGCUCAUUGAGUGUUUUAAGUGUGUGUUGCGUCGAGACUCACCUCUCUGAGAAGUGGUACAGUCCCGUUAGACGCAGCGGAGUCCGGUUUGCAGCAGCCGCAGUCUGCGCACUGCGAGAUGACUAACAUGCGGAAAAACUGCACUUUACUCUGAAAACGGACUAUAUAAUGAACUUUUACCGGCUGGCUAUUUUACUGGGAGCUACAGUGUGUGUGUGCGAUGGCGUGCACGUCACAGUGCGGGAGAAGCAGCGGUUUGCGAUGCUCUUCCAGUCCGUCGUUCUCCCAUGUCAGUACCAGACGGGCUCCAUCCAGACCCCGGUGGUGCAGUGGUGGUACAAGUCCUACUGCCGAGACCGAACGCGAGAGUCCUUCACCCUGCCGGAGAGUCUGGGCUACAAGGCCUCCGAGCUGGGAGCCACGUCCCACCUGGAGUGCUCCGACACCAGCCGCACGGUUCGGAUCGUGGCCUCGGCGCAGGGACCCUCCAUGACUCUGGCUGAGCACUACAAAGGCAGAGACAUCGCCAUCGUAAACAAAGCAGACCUGCGUAUCGGGGAGCUGCAGUGGGGCGACAGUGGAGUGUACUUCUGUAAAGUUGUCAUUGCGGACGAUCUCGAGGGGAAGAAUGAGGCCCAGCUGGAGCUACUGGUGCUCGGCAGGACAGGUGAGCGGGAUGAUCUACUACCUGAGUUUGAUGUGGAGAUUAUGCCAGAAUGGGCGUUUGUGGGAUCAGUAGUCCUGGGCAGCAUCUUGUUCCUGUUGUUGUUGGGGAUCUGCUGGUGCCAGUGCUGUCCUCACUCCUGCUGCUGCUACGUUCGCUGCUGCUGCUGUCCCGACACCUGCUGCUGUCCACGACACCUGUAUGAGGCGGGGAAGAUGGCCAAGAGUCCACAGCCUCCUCAGCAGGUUCCAGUGUAUCCCUACUACAUUCCUGGUGUACCUACUGUGGUUCCUCUUGCUCCUUCAUCUCACAUGGACCCAAAGAUCUCCUCACUCCCCUCAGUGGAGAAUAACCUGGUUGGAGCCAGCAGCUUAUCAGAGCUGAGCUCUCUUCAUGAUGGAGGGAACACAGAUUUCAGACACACCUAUCAGGCGGUCCAGAUGAAGGCGCUGCCGCCCAUCGCUGACCUCGACGACCAGUCGCUGCUGAGAGCAGCUCCACCCACACAGACGAGAAGACCCAGACGAGACAGAGGCCACCUCUCAGAUGACGAGCUAGACCGCAGGUGGAACCCUCGCUCAGAGCACCUGCAGAGAAAGACGCUGGGCCGACGAGGGCGAACCGGCUCCCUGGACGAGCUGGAGGAAUUCGCUCAGUCUUACGGCUCUCGCGGUCGUCGGGCUGAGCCUCCGGACCGGCCCUAUGAGCGGGAUUACAGCCCCCCCAGGCGUUUCUACAGAGACGAGGACGACCGUUGGGGUCGCCGAAGCCCCUCGCCGUUACCGCAAAAGAGAAGGGACACUUGGGACAGUGAUCGGCCUUCUCGACUGCCCCAGAGCAGAGGCUACGACGAUGCCUUCCUCAACAGUGUGCUGGAGAGCAAGGCGAGGGGCCGGGGGGGCGCUGGGAGGGCGGACGAGGACAGUGACACUCCCUCUAAAGGCAGCUCCAGAGGAAAGGACAGCUACUACAGCCGGUCGCCCAGCAACCGUCCAGAAGAGGAGGACCCUCUGCCUCCGUACUCUGAGCGGGAGGCCGAGCGGUACCGCAGGAACGACCUGACGGCGGACCGGUACCGCACAGCAGAUCCUCCCCGAUCAGACAGAUACAGGACCACAGAACCAGCCUCGAGACCCUUCUCUUACACCCGGCCCCACCAGGGGAUGUCCCAGACACUGCAGGGGGGCCGAGAGGACAGAGAGAGGAGCCGAAACCUGAGCACUGCACUGAGCAGGGACUCUCUCAUAGUGUGACUCCGAAGCACUGCCAGUCCGUUCAUUAUAACCGUCCUGCAGCUACGCAGGAGGGGCUAACAGUUCCGCCAUCAGCCGCAUGAAGCCUGGCUCAUCUCACUGAAAUAACGCCGCCGAAAAACAGCAGUAGUGGACGGGAAAUUAAUGUGCACGUGCAGUCGUUUCUGUCAGUACGGGACGGUUUAUGGAUUUCACUCAUGCAUGAAUUAUGUUUGUGUAUUUGUGCAUGUAUGUUUUACAGAUUUUAUGUAUGUGGUGGGUGCUGUAGUUGUUGAAUUUCAUGAGUUGAGUGACUGGUCUUUUACUCGUGCCAAGAUGCUUGUUUUUUUAUUAUUAUUAUUUGCCAAUUUCAGAAUAGUUUUGUGUAACACUCAGCUGCCUCCAGUCUUCAUAUUCUCCCUCAGUACUCUGCAACUCAGGUUCACGUUGUAUUUUUUUUUUGCAUUUGUCUUUUAUUGAGUGACUGUAUAUAAAUACUGCACCUUGAAUUUGUUCUGCAGACUGUAAUUGCACUGCUUGAUUACUUUUUGAAUAAAGAAAACUCAAACGAA